AUGUUGCGAAAUUAUGUGAGCCUAAAAUCAAUCUCCAAGUCUGAUAUAAGAUCAUGUAUUUACUCUUUUUAUCUUAAGAGAGGAAGUACGAGUGGAGGUAGGGAAGAAGAAAGAGCUCCUUCAACGGCGGAGGAGUUCACAAGACAAGGUGUUGCUAGCCAAACAGUGGAGAAGGCUUUCGACGGAGCUUCUGCUGCGGCAGCUGCAAAAGUCUCCGGUGAUCCUGAUGAGGCGGAGAUGGAGGAGAAGGUGAAAGAGGUGCUUAAAGAGAAGAAAGGUUGUCACAAGAAGGGAAAUGACGAUGAUGAUGGUUUGCCUAUCAAUACGUGUAAAGGAGUAUAA